AUGGAUCUAGGUCUAGGAUGAGGAAUGGAUCUAGGUCUAGGAUGAGGAAUGGAUCUAGGUCUAGGAUGAGGAAUGGAUCUAGGUAUAGGAUGAGGAAUGGAUCUGGGUCUAGGAUAAAGGAUGGAUCUAGGUCUAGGAUGAAGGAUGGAUCUAGGUCUAAGAUAAAGGAUGGAUCUAGGUCUAGGAGGAAGGAUGGAUCUAGGUCUAAGAUGAGGAAUGGAUUUAGUUUUUGGAUGAGGAAUGGAUCUAGGUCUAAGAUAAAGGAUGGAUCUAGGUCUAGGAUGAGGAAUGGAUCUAGGUCUAAGAUGAAGGAUGGAUCUAGGUCUAGGAUGAAGGAUGGAUCUAGGUCUAGGAUGAAGGAUGGAUCAAGGUCUAGGAUGAAGGAUGGAUCUAGGUCUAGGAUAAAGGAUGAAUAUAGGUCUAGGAUAAAGGAUGGAUCUAGGUCUAGGAUAAAGGAUGGAUCUAGGUCUAGGAUAAAGGAUGGAUCUAGGUCUAGGAUGAAGGAGGAGCAGGAUGAAUUGUAUCCGGUUCCUGACUCUGAACCCACGGCUCCGGAGGUUAAACCCCGGAGGUUCUGUGGUUUGGCAGUUCCUUCUCUCCGGUCGGAACAGAUAGGUUCUGCUCAGGGUUGAGAGAACGGAACCAGGUUUCUCCGGAUCUAAAUAUUCACUGAUGGCGGGGUUCAGCUCUCCAGUACAACCGGAGUUUGAGCAGGAUCUUCGUCAGAUAUAUUUCCAGCAUGGGUUUCCAGCUCAACAUCAAUAUAAUCUUCAGUUGGACCCUUUUAUACAGGGGAAAGGUUUAGGAAAAGAAGCCGAAGGAGGAGUGGGGGAGCGGAUAGGAGGAGAG